GUCAUACAGUGUAUCUCAGGUCAUAACUGUGAAUAGAGGAGAAUCUCAGACCAGCACGAUGAUACAUGUCAAAAGCCACCUGAACAGAAUACUCAAACAGCUGGUUAUUCUCAAGCUGCUCAAGGGCCCCAAUCGCAGAAUCCAGUUGCUUUAUGCAUUAGCCUACAAAUAUCAGAAGACACUCUCAUCCAGGGAUCCUCUGGACUGCUUGGCUGCCCCAUCAGUGUCAGGGACUAAUAUCACCUCUGAGGGCCCUCUAAUGCCUAAUGCAGAAGUGGUUGAUGGGCCUGUUGCGGAGCCUGGUGAGAAUGCUGUCGAUCAGAGGAGUGAGGCUGGUCCUUCAUCAGAGACACCUGCAGAGCCCCAGUCUUUGGAUCUCUCUCAGGCACUCCGCUUGAAAGGUCUGCCUCAGCGGCUUCACAUGCCUGCACCGAAGACGCUCUGCAGACCAUCGGCCUUGCGAUGGGUCAAACCUCGCUGCACCCGAUCGUGCUACGAAUCGCUGGAUAACGUUGUUACCUUUCGUUACUCAAGAUGCUAG